UCGCGCACUUGGAAGCAAAAGAAUAGCAAAGUGAACAAAAACGCUCAAAAACGAUUCGAAACCUGUAUUGGUACCAACAAAUCUCACCGAGGUGUAGGAUUCAACCAUUUACCAUCAUGUGUACAUGGACAAAUUUCAAGAGCUGGAACAUCGAAUAUUCAAAAAAAACAUGUGACAAUUGCGGAUAACACACAACACGGCAUAAAAUCCAAGUCGAUUCAUGAUUUAUUGGACAUUUCGACAUCAGUUCGUAGGAACUUACCUGAACAACGACAAUUAACCAGCUCAGAAAAGGAUAAUAAUCCUUUGUCUCCAUCCAAUAGUAAACCAAGCGGAUUAUUUAAUUCCUCUGUUUUUGAGCAAUUGAUUGAGGAUAAUUUUGUUAAAAUUAAUCUUGAAGAUGAACUUUUAGCUCUUGGUAUUGGAUUACGACAAUUUGAGCACAACAAAUAUCAAGAGUUGAGACAAGUAGUGAAUAUGUUCAAUGAGACACAACCAGCAAUUUCCAAUGGUAAUCAAUCAAAUAGUAUCUUGAAAUUGACCAUUGAAAGGAUCCAAAGUCAUACAGAGAAAUGGAUUAAAUCAUUAAAGUUUAUUUCAUCUUUUAACAAUAUUUGUCUGGAUGAUCAAGUUUUGUGUAUUAAAUCACAAUUCGUUAAUCUGUGUAUUGUCAGUAGUCUUGGGAUCAUUAAUCCAGAGACAAAAUCGAUUCAGAGAAAUGGAAUCAACUUCAGUAUGGAAAAAUGUCCAAUGAUGAGGGAUCAAAGAUUCAUCAACUUAUUAUCCUCAAUGGAUUCUAAUCUUCGUAUGGAUCCAAUAAUUAACAUUCUUCUUGUAUUAAUCCAUCUCUUUAACUCCUCUACACCAAAUCUAACUUCUAAUUACAAUAUAAGAAAGGAAUACAUAAUUACCGUUCAUUUACUACAAAAGUAUCUUGAAGAGGUUCGAGGCUUAUCCCCUCAUCAGGCCAAUCUUGAAAUAUCAAAGCUCAUUGGUUCCUUAAACAAUUUUCUCAUUAUAUUCAAGGGCAAACAAAAAGUUAUUUCAGUUUCACUGAAAACAAUUAAACGUCAGUCGCAGUUAUUGUCGGAGAUUUUAGAAAUAAUCGAUUAAUAUUGUUAGGAGCAUCAAUCCUUAAAGAUUAAGUAAAAUCUGUUUCAUUCAUGAUAAUUUUUGUCUCUAUCACUUUUGCCAGGUCAGUUUUCAUUUAUUUUCCUUUCAUAAUUAGUUGGUGGAAGUAUUUUAUACCAAUAGAUACAAAUUAUAAAUCUCUAUCCAAAUAUAUAUAAAGAAUAAGUUUUGUAUAAUCAUCCAUAAAGAUCAUCACAAAAAGAUACCUGUCCCUAAAUUUAUUGCCACCACAUCUAUCAUGUAAUAGACUGAAAUUAUCAAGGUUGGAUUAAGUGAUAUCAAGAUAUACAUAUAACAAAUUAGUAGCAGAUCAUAAAAGUUUUGAUAAUAAAUUGAACUUAGUAAACAAACCGCUGAUAUUGAUACACUUAAAAAGAAAUCAAGUCGACUAACAAAGGUAAUAUUAUAGCUUUUUUCAGAGUGAAUAUUGCAGUCGAAAAUUUUCUUAUAUAAAAUAGCUUAAUGUCGGAGGUUAACUUUAGUAUAUUACUUGUUUGCUGGUUGUUCAUAGUUCUCGUUGUUUUCUUAGCAAAGUGAAGAAAGUGUGUUUUUAAGGUUUAUUCCUAUUAAAUUACAACGGUAGAAAUUGAGAAAUGAGUUCUAAUAAGUUUGAAUCGAAAGGUGACAACUCAAAAUCCUUGAAUCUUUUCAGCGAUAAGUGUUCAUGUAAUUGUCACCAUGAUCAAGUGAAUAGACAUCUCGUUGGAAAGGUACAAGAUGAACCAAUUAGAGGAAAUCCUUUGAAAACCUCGAAAAGUCCAACAAAUGUGACAGUUAUUGAUCUUACCGAAUCAGAUGAUUUGGAGGAAACAAAUUUAUCGUCAUCGCCAAUUAAAUCACGGAAACUUGGCCACUCAAAAAGUGAUCGUAAUCGUGUCAGCUCAUACAAUUCCAACAUUUUCGCUAAAUUGGUGGAGGACAAUUUUCUAACAAUCAGCUUUCAUGAUGAAGUUUUAGCUCUUGGAAUCGAAAUGAGACAGUUCGAACAGCAAAAGUUUGAAGAGCUAAAUCAAUUUGUUGAUCAAUUUAAUGAAAGGAAAACAGUGGAAAUCAUUCAGCUCAAAGAAUACAAGUUUAUUAUGGAUCAUCUUCACAAUCAGGAGACAAAUUGGAUUCUAUCAUUGAAAAAAGUCUCCUCGUUCAGAAAUAUCUGCGUCGAUGAUCAAAUUUCGUGCCUGAAAAUAAAUUACGUCGACUUGUACAUAAUCAGAAGCUUACUUAGUCUCCAUCUAAAGAUGAAUAGGAUCGACUUGACCAAUAGAAUGAGUAAAUGUCCAUUAUUUACGAAUCCUCUAUUUAAUCGACUAUUAUCAUCUAUGAAUAAACUUUUUCGGUCGGAUCCGGUUGUCAAUUUACUUAUUGUAUUCAUCUUCAUGUUUGAUGCCAACAUGCCCGAGUUAAAGUCACAUUACACAGUCAGAAAGGAAUAUAUUGUGACCGUUCACUUAUUGCAAAAGUAUUUGGAGCAAAAUGGAAUGACCAUAGAACAAGCUAAUCAGGAAAUCAAGAACUUCAUUUAUGAGAUGAGCAAUUUUCUCAAAUUGUUCAAUGGAAGACAAAAAGUUCUGGUCACUACAAAGUGCAAAAUGUUCCAUUCCCAAUUGAUAUCAGAACUUUUAGGAAUACAAGUGAAUUGACCUUUCGUUUAUCUAUUGAUACAAAAUAAUCUAAUAGAUUCUAGAUAAAUACUAAUAAUUGUUUCAAGUUUUCAACUUGAAAAUAUCUCGAAACAUGAUAAUUUAGUAGUGUAACAAGAGAUGGCGAUGGUAAUUGUAAUCGUGCCUUUGAUAAUUAAUGAUAAUUAAUGAUAAUUGUAUCAAUAAAUGUGUGAGACUUAGUGUUUGUUAGAUUGUAAUUCAUUAAUUAAUCGCUAUUAUCAAUAUAAACCAGCGACGUGUCAGUCAACAUAGAGCCAUUUACAGCACCAAUUUGAUUGACCUUUAUAGUUAUCGAGAUAAUUUUGAUGAUGAACCUCACUUGUUUAAGGCCACCUGAUAGAUCAUUAAUUAUUAUUGAUUAAUCGUAAUUAUGUAUUGUUUAUGUUGUAAGAAUCGUUGAU